AUGUCACAUGGCUACUUGUACAAGUUGGGAAGAUCGUUGGCAACAUCAACUGUCAACAAGUCAAUUGGAACCAAUGGUUUGAACAACCUUCAAUCAAUGUCUUUGAUGAGAUCAUCAAUGCUCAACAUCAACAACAUCAACAACAACACAGGUUCACGUGCACAUUACUCAAGAGCUUCAUUGAAUGAUGCUAGGAGAUCUGUUAGGGCUUCGGCAAAGGUUGCCGCUGCGGCAAAGGCAUCUUCAAACGAGAAGCCAGCAUCAAAGUUUGAUCAGUUCGACUAUGACAAGGAGGAGUACGAUCAGUUGACCAACCCUGUCAAGGAUGUCUUGGCAGAGGACAACGAGGAGGACAUCUACAAUGCUCAGUACGGCGAUGAAAUGGAGGAGUUGGAGCAAUCAAACAACAAGCAGCACGAGUGGCAUUUGAAGGAUCAAGAUAUCACUGACGAUCAGAUUACACAGAUCACAAAGAAGAUAUCAGAUUACUACACACCAACAAAGGAGAUGAUCACUGUCGAUGUGUUCAAGUCACAACAGUUGUCAUUGUUGAACAAGUGUCAGAACUUGAUCCAACAGGCAGAGAAGUUCUUGGGCAACAAGGAUAUUGAGAAGGCUGAGCCACUCCUGCUUGGCGCCCAGUCCUACUUUGUGAACAACAAGGACGCCAUUGAGAGUGGCAACAACGAUCCCAACUGUCCACCUCAACUGAUUCAUGCAUAUAUAUUGUCAUAUCUGGCCAACAUUAACCAGAGCAAGAACUCAUACGAGGUUGCCAAGGAGUACUAUACCAGCUCAUUGCAAUUGUUGGAGAAUUCCGUCGACAAGAGCUUCUACGCAGUCACUCUGUUGAACUAUGCCGAGUUGUUGUCCAACAUGGACAUCCAACAAGAUUGUAUAGCCACAUGUCUGAAAGCCAUCCAAAUCCUUGAGAACUCUCCUUUAAAGUCAUCUGAUGAGCGAUUGAUGUUUGCACUAUUUAACAUGUCUAGCUACCUUUCACAACAGAGCAGAUUCGCCGAGGCUUUGCCAUAUUGUUUGAGAGCAUUUGAAGGACUCUCCAAGGGCCUCGGCCGAAACAACGAGGUCGUGCACACAGUCGCAGCCAAUCUCUCCAAGAUCUACCAACAGCUAAACAUGACCAACGAGUUGAAGAGUCUGGACGAGCUGUUUGAGCAGGACCCAGAGGGAAUCGUCACAUUCGAAACUUCCGCCGAUGACCUGGCCCACAUUAACACUGAUAAAUUAAGACAAACAUGGCUGCAGCAAGGCCAUCAGCGACCAGCCGACAUUGAUGGAUUCUUCAAGUCGAGCAAGACAUCUCAGAAGGAGUUUUCAGCGUUCUUCAAGCAGAUGGAGAAGAAGGGCAUCAGCUGUGGUCCAGAGUCACUCGAGUUGCUGACCAACGAGUUGAGUUCGAUCCAAUACGCUCCAGACAGACUGGAGAUGUGGAAGCCAAAGACCUACACAUUGGGAGUCGACACCCAAUAA